AUGGCGGAAGUUCUGGGGACAGUCGUGGGCGUGGUCUCUCUGGGACUGCAGGUGUGUUCAGGUCUCAACGUCUACAUCGACGGCCUGCAAUGCCGCAGAGAAGAAAUAGAAUCCACCAUACGUCAUCAGAAAUCAUUGGAAACGCUCGUCGCGCAGAUCGAAGCACUCCAAAACCGGUGUCAGGCGCCUGGCAUCUGCUCUGCACCGCUUCAGGAAUCCAUGGCAUCAGCUAAAGCUGAGUUGCUACUGUUGGAUGAAUUCAUCAACAAGGUUCGCAUCGAAGGCGAGACUGGCGCCGACAGAUCCGUCGGGGAAAUGAUGAAGAUUCAGAAGAAGAGGCUCCUGUACCCCUUUCGUAGGGAUCGUUUGGAUCGACUCGUCACUCGGCUCGACGUCGUCAUCAAGGCCCUUCAGGCAGCACUUCAAGUAUUCGAAAUCGAGGCAUCACUCGAGAUGAAGAACUCCUUCAAUCAAGUUCUCCAGACGGUGUCAAGAUCCGAGGUUACCAUGCUCGCAAUCGAGAGAAAGAUUGACGAGAGCGGCUCACUGGCUCAUGAACCAGAUUAUGCGACCAAGCAAGACGUGAUGGAGUUGAAGACGUUGAUGGCUGAUCUGAUGUCUCCGAGCGCCUCGAGCACAUUGAAACACAUGACCGGGGACCAAAUCAUCGGGCUGUGCGAGGACCUCGAAACAGACUGGACCCUUUCGCGAGACGAAAAGUCAAUUCUUCUGCGAGUAUGCACUUUUAAGGCCCUCCCAAUCCGUCACACUUGCUGCUACCACUGGGAGUACGCAAGGUAUAGCAGCGACUUCAGCGAUUUUGAUUGGGGGUAUAGGCUUGUCGAAGAAGAAGAGGUAGAAGAAAUUCGGGAAGAGGAUAACAACGAGCUUGCGCUCCUCGAGAAUUUACUUGUUGAAUUCGAAAGCAAGAUCGACGAGAUGGGUUACCCUCUAGCGACGUUCUUUGAAACAUAUUGGAUCGACCGAAUGCGGGAGGUUCUUCAGGAAAUCCAAGAGCGAACACUUCUUGAAGAUGAGGUUCGAGGCGCCGAAAGACUGGGCAUAACAUUAAGAGUUGAAGAAGAGAACAGGCUGGAGAAGAAGGAUUACAGUCAGCUGGAAUACUGGUUUCACGAGCUAAAUGUUAUAGUCGCAUAA